CUAGAGUCCAAUGGUGGUGUGUUUUACGCCACGGCAUCCGAUGGUAUGCAUUGCACUUGGUUAUGUAAGGCUUGGAUGCAGCUGCUCAGCCAUGGAAACCCAUUCCAUGAAGCUCCCUACACACUCUUGUGCUAAUCUGAAGGCCACACAAAGUUUGGAGGUCUUUACCUUUUGACUCUGCAGACAGUUGGUGACUUCUGCGCACUGUGCGCUUCAGCAUGCACUGACCCCGCUCUGUCAUUUUAUGUGGCCUAUCACUUUGUGGCUGAGUUGCUGUUGUUUCCAGUUGCUUCCACUUUGUUAUAAUACCACUAAGAGUUGACCGUGGAAUGUUUAGUAGAAAGGAAAUUUCAUGGAUGGACUUAUUGCCCAUUCUUUCACAAAUGUUUGUAGAAGCAGUCUGAAU